CUAAAUGCUUGGACCGUCAACAACGCCAUUCGUCUGUCGGCACUGUUUGUUUGCACUUUUCCCUCCACCAUCGCGUCCUCUUUCCAUUCCAAUACCAUCAACCACUUUUUUGUCACCUUCUUUUUCCGUUUCAGAACUUCAAGAAGGAUGGAUGAGCAGAGCCUAUCGACUAUACUUGACCUCCUUCGGGUUGACGCGCAAGAAUUCUCCCAAACAGACCCCGACGCCCAAAAUGAGCUGGACCUCGUCCUUCGUGCCUGGCAGGAAGAAGUCGACCGCUACGCCUCUCAAGCAGCAGACUAUAGAACGGCCAUGAGUCUCGCGCGCGCAAUUUAUCAGGACAGGCAGAUCUUGGGAAAUAUUGAUGAGGAGGAAAGGCGUGCCGCUGAGGACAGACAUAUAGCGAUCAGUCUUGCGGAGGGCGAAAUGCCUCAGCAGUGCCAGCCACCUGUAGGCCCAAGGCAAGCACCCACCCAGCCUGGCAAUGCCAACCCCGCCCAGCAGCCCCAGGGCAUGGUCGAAUGCGUUGCCUGUACGGAACGGGUGUCCGCAACAGAAAUGACCACCGCUCCUUGUUCACACAAAUACUGCCGCAAGUGUGUCACCAGACUCUUCGAAGAUGCCCUUCGCGAUGAGUCGCUCUUUCCUCCCCGUUGUUGCCGUGUUGCUCUGCCCAUAACUCUGGUACAUCGCCUUCUGGGUCCAGAGACAACUUUGAAAUUUGAGGAGAAGUCAGUGGAGCGUGAUGAUCCGGAGAGAACCUAUUGCGCUGCCCCCACCUGCUCGCGAUAUCUCCUCCCGUUUCCUGGGGCGGUAAAUGAUCGAUUCUGCACAACAUGCAGCCGAUGGACCUGUAAAUUGUGCAAGACGUCCCAUUAUCCUGAGCAGGAAUGUCCGGGCGAUAGUGAGGAGGUCUUACAGCUUGGGAAGGAGAAAGGCUGGCGGCGAUGCGCCAAAUGCAAGAAUCUGGUCGAAUUGGGUACUGGAUGUAGCCAUAUCACCUGCCGAUGCCGCCACGAAUUCUGCUACAUCUGCGGCGCGGCGUGGAAGACUUGUACCUGCGAGCUCUGGGACGAACAGCGACUUCUCGAGACUGGACACUUGCGGGAGGUGGAAGAGUGUAACCACAUUGUCUGGAGACGUGUACAGGUUGCCAGUCAGUGCGACGAGUGCGCAGAGCGGCUGCCGUGGUUUAUCUUCGUGUGUCAGAAUUGUCACUUUAGGACUUGUGCGACGUGCAGGUACAAUCGGAGGUAGGAUUUUACAUCUAUGUUAGCGGUGGUUAGAAGUAUCUUCGGUGUUAUAUGUUGAGUCUUAG